AUGGCUGAAGAUCUGCAGGACCCUGCUGUGCCCAACAGCAACGGCGGCCUCAGCGACGCGGAAAGCGACCGCGUGAUAGAAGAUCUGGAAAUGGAAAUGGAGGAGCUGGACAAGCUGGAAGAGACCAGCGCCGCUCCUCCUACCCCCAAGACCAACAUCACGCACCCCACUGAGGACAAGCCUCGCACCGAUCUCCCCUCCAGCCCACUUGCCAGCCGCGGCACCCGGGUCUGGGAAACCCACCGUCCCUCCAGUCAGGACUUUGUCAUCUGGGAAGAUACGCCCGAGGACCAGGAAGCUGCCGAAGCUGCUGCUGACGACAACUACAUCGACGUCCCAGAUGAAGACAAGGAGAAUAUGACGCCCACGACCUCUGAGGAAGACGAGGCAGAGCAGGAGCAGACCGAACACGAUACCGAACGCCAGACCCUCGUUGACUGGACCCAGGCGGGCCUUGGUCGUCACGAUACUUUUGGUCUACCUCCAAACCACGACAUGGCUCUUUUCGUCAACGACGACCGGAACAUACUCCUUAACACCGCCCGCCCUGCUUUUCGUCGCCGUCGUCGUCUGCGCACCACUGAAGAUGAUUCCAGCUCUGAUGACGCCCAGCAGUCGGUGAUGCAGCCCGAGAUGCUGCAGCUUCUUCCGCUGAUCACGGCCGACAGGCAGAGGCGGCCUGCUGCUGAGCGUACGCCCCUUGGAGUUCUGGAUACGAUGUAG